AUGGGAUUCCUAUGUGCAGCUUGGAUCGUCGUCCAUUUCUGUACAGUUACUCUUGCAGAACCACCUCUCAGUCCACUCACUCUAUCAUUACUCAACGGUCUCAACGUCAACGUCAACCUUACGGCUCCAUCCAGUCUAACACAGCUCUUUUCUUCAAACCGCCUCCCCCAAGAUCCCUUGCUCUACCCCGUCCCCAACUCUGACGAAACCGUCUGCUUCUACGGCUACGGCACCCCCCUACGCCGGAGAGACGUGCUCUAUGUUUUCGUCAAAGCCACUCGCGAAGUCGCAGCGCAUGGGAGCUCGAACGAACCUAUACCCGACAGGAUGAUCCGAUACGGGUCGGGUAACGCGUUUAUACUGUUGCAUCACAGCGGUAGAAUGACGUGGAAGGUGUGGGAGAUGGCGUUGCAGGGCAUUGCAGAUUUCGUGGAAAGGUAUGAAUAUGUUGAUAUGGAUUUUGAUGUUGGGAAGACGGGAUCGGAACGGUUUUUUGGGACGGGGGUAUUGGGGAUGCAGAAGAGGGAGGGGAUUAAUGCUAGUGAUUGA